UUUACUCUUGACUCUGCUAAACCAGACAAACCACACACAAAUUUGGUUGCGGCUCUCAGAUUCUCCCAGCGACUCUCCAAUUUCUUCUUCCUCUACAAAACACAACACAACACAACACUCUCAGACUGAGACUUGUUGCUUUUGUUUUCUUGUUGAUUGUGUCUUUCUACCUAUCAUGAUUAUGCUUCCAGAUUUCAAUUCAGAACUUUCAGGAUCACUUUGACAGUUUGACUUGUCCAGUAUCAACUUUUGGUCGUACGAUUGCGAGUUCUUCCAUUGAAGUUAGAUGGCCUCUAGAAUCCCAUCUCAUCAGCUUAGCAAUGGCCUUUAUGUAUCAGGGCGGCCUGAGCAGCCCAAAGAAAGGACUCCAACGAUGACCUCAACAGCCGUGCCAUAUACUGGCGGAGAUAUAAAAAGGUCUGGCGAAUUGGGGAAAAUGUUUGAUAUUCCUACUGAUGGCUCUAAAUCUAGGAAAUCUGGACCCUUAACAGGUGCUCCUUCACGGACAGGAUCUUUUGGAGGAGCUGGUUCACAUUCUGGACCAAUCCAGCCGAAUGCUGCUGCUCGGGCUGCCUAUACUACUUCAGGUCCCAUGACUUCUGGUGGUAUGCCAGGUUCGACUUCAACAAAGAAAUCAAAUUCUGGACCACUGAAUAAACAUGGAGAACCUCUUAAAAAGUCUUCUGGUCCUCAGUCUGGUGGAGUAACGCGUCAAAAUUCUGGACCUCUUGCUCCUAUUCUUCCUACAACUGGUCUCAUUACAUCUGGGCCAAUCUCAUCUGGCCCGUUAAACUCUUCUGGGGCCCCUCGGAAAGUGUCUGGUCCUUUGGAAACAACGGGUUCAAUGAAGCUGCAAGGUUCUGCUGCUGUUCACAAUCAAGCUGUCACUGUUCUUAGUCAGGAUAAUGAGUAUUCCUUCAGAAGGAAUUUCCCAAAGGCGAUGUUGUGGUUAUUAAUUCUGCUUUUUGUAAUGGGUUUCAUUGCUGGUGGUUUUAUUCUUGGAGCAGUGCACAAUGCCAUUCUCCUUGUUGUGGUCGUGGUUCUGUUUGGCCUUGUUGCUGCGUCUUUCACAUGGAAUACUUAUUGGGGAAGAAGAGCUAUUAUGGGCUUCAUUACUCAUUAUCCAGACUCUGAGCUUAGAACUGCAAAAAAUGGGCAAUUUGUGAAGGUCUCAGGGGUUGUUACCUGCGGUAAUGUGCCUCUGGAGUCAUCUUUCCAGAAAAUCCCCAGAUGUGUAUACACGUCAACAAGUUUAUAUGAAUAUCGUGGGUGGGACUCAAAAGCUGCCAAUCCUACACACCGUCAAUUUACAUGGGGCCUUAGAUAUUUGGAAAGGCGUCUGGUUGACUUUUACAUCUCGGAUUUCCAGUCCGGUUUAAGGGCAUUGGUUAAGACUGGGCAUGGAGCAAGAGUGACCCCUUACGUCGACGACUCUGUUCUCAUCAGUGUAAAUCCAACCAAAGAAGAGUUGUCACCAGAGUUCCUCCGGUGGUUGGGGGAGAGAAAUCUAUCAAGUGAUGACCGCACCAUGCGGUUGGAAGAAGGGUACAUUAAAGAAGGAAGCACAGUAAGUGUAAUGGGGGUUGUUCAGAGGAAUGAGAAUGUCCUUAUGAUUGUCCCUCCGCCAGAGCCUAUCACUAUGGGUUGCCAGUGGACCAAAUGUAUCUUUCCAGCUAGCCUUGAGGGUAUAGUUUUACGAUGCGAGGACAUGUCGAAGAAUGAUGUGAUACCGGUUUAACGCUAAGUGCAAUGUGUAGGAUCAUCUAGUUGUUGCUCCUAGAUAGUAUUCUUUUCCCCUCUAUUAUUAGUGGUGGUGGAAUAUCAUAUUGACAGAUUAUUUUAGAUUAAAAUGGCAAAGCUGUGUGUUUAUUUUUUCUCCCUUUUAAUUGCUGUAUAGUUCUUGUUGGUUUGGUGUUCUUUCUAGGGUUUGUAAACUUUGGUAACGUUUGGUGCAGUGAAAAUUCUUGCAUGUAUGGGCAGAUUGUGAUUAUGCUAGCAUUCUAUAUAGAAUACAAACUUUAUGCUGUUUGCAAA